UACUUCCUAGUACGGCAAAGAGAAAAUUACAUACUUGCUACUCAAGUGUCUUUAGAGUCUCAGACAAGUACUCUCCGGGGAGAGGUCGCAUCUCUCUCUCUCUCUCUCUCAUGGAGUAAGUUGUCCGUUUCCGUUUACAUGGUAGUGAGUAAAAUUCCUUAAUGAAAGUGGGGAGCGUUGCGUUGCGACUCAUCCAAGGAAGAAGCAGCCUAUAUUUCACCAAGAAAUCUUUUUCCCUUAAAAAUUCUCUUGACAAUUUUUUGGGUGGGCAAUACUUCGCUGAAUUUCAUGGUUUCAGGUCUAAGUUUUUCCCUUGUCUAUCGGUUCUAUCGGUUCUGAGUUCGCAAAGGUCUAUCAGAGACUGGCACAAGAACUGACAAGUAAACACAUCACAUACUGUACAUUUGCUACAGAAUAAAUGGAACAAAGGCAAUCACCAGAUAUUUCAGACCAUGCGAAAGGGAACUAUACCCUUAUGAGGGAUACAGAAAGCUGUCAGUUGGGGAUGUAUGACAAACCUCUCCCUUGCUUUGGUUGUGGUAUAGGGUGGUUCUCUCUAUUACUAGGUUUUGUGUUUCCAUGUAUGUGGUACUAUGCCACAAUUCUCUACUUUGGAAAUUACUAUCGCAAGGAUCCAAGAGAGCGAGCGGGCCUUGCUGCUUCUGCAAUUGCGGCAUUGAUCUGCUCGGUUGUGCUGUUGAUCGUUGUGGCUUUACUUAUUUUUUAAAUGAUGGUGCUUCAGUUUCGCCAAUGCUUCUCACCUUUGUAUUAUCCCAGAAUGAGAAGCCCAGGUACAUAUUGUACAAAAAAGGUUGCAGCAAGUAGCAACAGGAAAAACUGCAUUUUCCAAUAUAUUUUGUAAAAUGCGAACUAUAUGACUAAAAAGGCCAGAUUCUGCCCACAAUGUUGUAAGUAGCAUGGAUAAUCAGAUGAUGAAGAGAAUAUGCAUAAAUCAGUUGUCGCUGCUGGGUUUCAGCCGAUCAGAUUCUUCAUAUUGAUAAAUGCAGGAGAAAAUCAAGGACAAUGGCAUAAUUAUAGUCAA